CACAAAUGCACGGUCCUUCGGUGGUUGUCUCAUGAUGUCGGGUUGUUUCGUAUGCGCCAGUACAUGCGCCAAUUCCCGCAGGCAGGAGCCUGUCAUGUGCGUGGCCUGACACAUUGGCUCAAGGUUUCCGACUAAGCCAAAGUGCCAAAUCGUAGCAGUCCUUAUACUCUGCAGUGCUCAGUGUAGUACGCCUUUUGAAGCAGUGUAUGGUGGAGUUGGCUCUUCACGAGCCGGAUGAAGCUUUGACGACCUGGGCCUUGCCGGGCGAGGCCUUGUGCUGUCGAGCGAGCCAGGUGCAAGGGAUGCGCCCACAGCACCAAGCUGUCACAGACGUUCUCCAAGAAAGGACUGCGAUGAUCAUGGGGAUGAACCCCAAGACCCUCCGCGCCAGGCGCAAAUGGCAGAUGUUCAUGUGGCCGCAAAAGAGGCAUUGGGCUCUAGUCCUCCUACCCUUCGGUGAACCAUUUACAGCCAGGUUGGUGGACGAUUUUGUCCACAAUGCCGAGCACUGCUUCUCUGCAGAAGUGCCAUCUUCCCGACUUUUCUUGGUUUACGAGAUGCUAUUGGAGGAGAGAGAUCCAUUCAUCAUGCUGAGUGUCAAGCCAGACUUCAAAACUGGGAGGAAGAAUGUUUGGUCCCUGGGCUUUACCCGACGGAUGAACCUCCUGGACCUUCAAGCUCAUGCACUGGAAGUGGCGGGACGCUACAGGUGCUAUAGCUUCAUUGGUGCCAAUUGUCAGCACUUCGCUGCAGAUCUUGCAACAAGCCUUGGGGCUUCAAGGGUGUGUCCAGAUGAUGAAACAGUGGCACUUGCUGCUACAGAUACAGCACUUCCAGUUGGUGUGGUGGGGGCCUGUGUCGCGGCAACGGCUGCUGGAGCGGCCAAUGCGCCGGCACUGAGCUGGUUGCCCGCCCUGAACACAGUGGCCGCGUCCGCUUCUGCCGUGGGUCUUUGUGGAUGCGCUGCGUUGAUCGGGGUAGCAGGCCUUUAUACAGUACUUCGCGAUCAGAGCCGAUGUGUUUGUCCUGUGGUGGUGGGAGGGAGCAGUGCACGUCGAAUGCUUGCACGACCUGCAUCCAGCUGCUUGCUGUUGUCCUAUCGUCAUAAACUCGCAUCGAAAUCAAUGCCUUGCUUACACAGACAUGAUGAGAACUCGGACUCUGAAGAUGAUGAGGAAGACGUCGGAGAUGGACGAUUCUACAGUGAGGAUUGGUUGGCCUCAACUUUGGUCCGCAUCAACCCCUGAGAAGGGAAGAAAUUCGGCGCGUUGAUGUGUGAGAUUCUUGAACUUUUCAAGGAGUCCAACUUUGGUUCACAGCUGCUAUACAAAAUAAUGUGGCAGUUGGCCAGUGUGGGCUCAAAUUGCACCUACGGAGAUUGAGAGGAUGACAUAUCAUUGAAGUUUGGUUUAAUGGAU